AUGUUCACUUCUGCUUCAUCCGUUUUUUUUUUAAACAGAGAUUGUCGAGUUUUUUCAGGCAACAACAUCAGGUACAUAAUAUUGCCUGAUUCUCUACCUCUCGAUACCAUGCUCAUCGACGAUGAGCCCCGCAAGAAAGCCGCUAGAGCUCGUGCUGGCGCUCGCGGUAGAGGACGUGGUGGACCACGCGGAAGGGGUCGAGGUGGACCUCGUGGAAGAGGUGGACCACGUGGAAGGGGACGCUAG